UUCCAUUGUUUUCCCAAUUCAGUGUUGCGGGGUUAAAAAAAAAAAAAAAGAGUUUGCGACUGAUUCUGAACUGGGAACCAAAAUCCCCAUUUGGGUACACAGUACAAGCACUGGGUUUUGAGAAGAAAGAAUCUUAUCAUGGGUUUUGUACAGGAAGCCAGAGAAAAUCACGUAAAGAAGAAGGUCGAAGAAGCUUUACGCAGCAAAAUGAAGCAGAAAGCUUUAAAGGAAUGCGAUCAGUUCACUAUUAAAUAUGCAGAGUGUGCUUCAGGAAGGACCUUAUCAGUUGUUUGGCAAUGCCGUAAGCAAGCUAAAGAACUAAAUGAAUGUCUUCAUCAGUAUACCAAUGACUCCAUCUUGGAAGAAAUGAAGAAAGGAUAUAUGCUUGAACAGGACAAGAAAGUUCUAUAAUGGAUCAACAACUCCAUACUCUUGAGCAAGGAGCAUCCAGAGCACCCAAUGAUUUCUGUUACACUUAUUGGAGCAACGAUUCUAUGUAGGUCAUUGGAUUAUUCCUGGCUGCUGUUACGGAACAUUUUUAUCAUUCUCUCCUUUUUUUGUCUUAGUUCAACAAGUGGAGGUAGACUAUGUGGGGCACUUUAGAUUCAACGGAAUUUGCACUAUCUUCCAACAUUUCCAUGAACUUGUAGCCAUCAAGACUUUUUUUGUGCUUUGGUGUUUUUGUCAAUGGGAAAUGCAUAUGAUUUUCCA